UAUGGCCGCUAAUGCGAGCUUUGUGUUUAACAAUUGUUGUUUAUAGUGGUACUGUUGUUUGUUUGUUGUUGUCUCUGAUAAUUUUAGUGUUUUUAGCUUAUUGUAGUGUAAUGUUAGCGUAUAAAAAUGACGGCGGCGGCUUGGAAACCUGAGAAAGAUAUAUGUCGAUGUUGUCACGCGGAGGGAUCUUACCACAAUUUAUCGGAGCCACGAUUCGUAUUGGGACAGACGGAGGUGUAUUCCGAUAUGCUGAAAAGCUGUUUUAACGUAGAAUUAUCCACAGUAUCAGGCAUGUUGUCUGCACCGACAUUCACAAUAUGUGAACCGUGCAUAUUACGGCUUCGAGAUGCUAGCAACUUCAAGAAACAAGUGUUGCGCUGCGAAGAGCGAUUUAAGGAUAUGUUCAAGAAUAUUAUUCAAGCUUUACGACCAGAAUUUGAUGUUAAGCAAGAAGUGCGAGAUGAUAAUCCGGAGGUGAAAGUGGAGUUUGUGCAUAUGGAUGAUGAAGAUGAUGCUGUUGAUAUGAAAUUUGAUGAUUCUGAUGACGACCAGCCAGUAAUACAGAUAAAAGUAGAGCAACACUCAAAGAAGAAAGGAAAGACGAAAGUGAAGUCCAAACCUAAAAGCAAGAAGCCGGUGAAGAAUCAAGAACUGAACGAAGUAGCUGCCAUUGAAAUGGGGAAUAGCAUCGCUGAUGAACCAGAUAUGGGUGAAGAUGGUGAAGACGAAAGUAGCAAACCUAAAAAAGGCGCCCGGCAUCAGAAAUUCUUCUUAAAAGACUCAGACUUUCGCACCGAAGACGAUAACUACAUAUGCUCCCACUGCGACAAGAAAUACGACAAGAUAUUCUCUCUCCGCUUCCAUAUAAAGACUAAACACUACAAAAUUGCGCGGUUCCCCUGCCCGUAUUGCAAACAGGAGUUCAUGACGCCAGCUCCUUUGACAGUUCACAAACUCCAGGAGCACAACAUCGACGAACGCUUCAAGUGCAAGGCGUGUAAUGCUGUGUUCAACACCAAAGUGCAGUUACGCAAGCACAUUAACAACUUCCACAUGCUGGGUGAGAAGUAUAAAUGUGAAUUUUGUGAUUAUGAAUCCUUUAGUUUCGAAGGUAUGUACAAACAUAAGUUUAAGCAUAAAACUGUCAAGGACUACCAUUGCAGGUUUUGUAGGAAGUCGUUUUUGAGGAAGGCUACUUUAGAUCUGCACGAGAGGAUACAUACUGGUGACAGGAGAAAGGUAUGCAAUGUUUGCGGGCAGGCAUUUGUUCAGAAAGCCAGUUUAAAUUACCAUAUGACAAAGUAUCAUCCUGAGGUCAAUUUUUAGUGUUAAAAGUGAAUUGUGUAACGUAAACUCACGAAUGUGCAACGAGGGAUUUUCCAGGCUAUCUUCCCCAAAAACAAUACAGGGUGUUAGUGACAUCGUAACGAAAACUUUGAGGGAUAAUUCAGGCCAUGAUUCUGAGUUGAUAUCAAAUGGAAAUUUCCGUCGCAAAAUUCAUGUUUUUUUUAGUUUUAAUUUUAUUGUCAAUUCUAUACUUUUGAGAUCGAAAAUUCCACUUGAUAUUAACUCAGAAUAACGAGCUGAAUCAGCCCCCUGAGUAUUCGUUACGAUGGCACUUACACCCUUUACUAGUACAUGCAGGUAGCCAUAUACAAGUAGGUAUGGGUGUUAGUGACACCGUAACGAAUACUCAGGGGGAUGGUUCAGACCAUGAUUCUGAGUUGAUAUCAAGUGAAAUUUCCUGUCUGGAGAAUUCAUGUAAAUUUUUGUGUUUUUUUUUUUAUUAUUUUCAGUCCCAUACUUUUGCGACGGAAUAUUCCACUUGAUAUCAACUGAGAAUCAUGGUCUGAAUGAUCCUUCAAAUUUUUCGUUACGAUGUUACUAACACCCUGUAUAAAAAUGAAAUCCGUUAUUAUAACAUGUAUAAAUAUUGUAUAUAAAACAUAACGGCCUUGAUUUCUGCAAACACCUUCUAAUUUUGUUUUAAGUUAUACCUGUCGUUUUCCUAUCCACCGAAACGGAUGACAGAAUUAAGUUGACAGCACACGUCACAGGUUGCAUAUAAGCGAGAUGCUUAUUUGAUUCGGCCGGGUUAUUUAUUCAUUCGCUCAUUCAUUUUAUAAUGAACUGCGGGGUUAAAAUGGCCACAUCGAAGCAUUUCAUCUAAGAGAGCAAUAUUGCAAUUUGACAUUUGCGCAUAUAAAAGUAAGUGCGCAAUGCAAACAAAAUAUUGCUUUCAUAGAUGAAUUGCUUCCAUGUGGCCAUUUUGACCCCCCAGUUAUAUUUAAAAUGAAUGAGCGAAUGAAUGAAUAACCCGGCCGAAUCAAAUAAGCAUCUUGCUCAUAUGCAACCUGACGUGUGUUGCUAACUUAAUUCUGUCGGGUUAUUGGCCUAUGUGAAAUUUUGAGAAGUUUUAAAUCCCGCAUUCAAGAUUUUCAUGGCCGAUUCCCGGUAGUGGUUCCCUGGAGGAAAUCGCUUAUUUUUUUUUUAGGUCGCACAUAUGUGAUGUUUCUAAAUGUUUGUAUAUUUGAUUUGAUUUAAAUUUCUGCCUAAAAUCGUCGUGUGUUUCAUAAAUGUUAUAUGCCUGACCCUUUCCUUUUCGGCGGAAAAGAAAAUGAUAGGUGUAACUUUAAAUAAAAUUAGAUGGUGUGUGUGGUCGCGAGUACUAAUAUGUAUACACUUUGAAACCAUGUCACAUUAACUUCUUUGACAAAUUAUACCGUAAGUCUCAUUAAAUGUCAAAUAUGAUAGUGCGACAGGGUUCUAAAGUGGGUACAUGAUAUUGCUCAUGACUGUACAGAAAUCUGCAAUAUUGUCAUAGUUACGUGAAAUCACAAAUGUAUGAUAAAUUAUAUUUGAGUUUUAUUUCGUUAGAUAUUCAUAUUGAAUAAGGCUAUUGUAAACAUGUUUUUUUGUUAAAUAUUUUAGUUAAUUAUAUAAUAUUUUUAGUUAAUUAUCUAUACAGGGUGUUAGUGAUAUCGUAACGAAUAUCAAGGGGGACGAUUCAGACCAUGAUUCCGAGUUGAUAUCAAGUGGAAUUUUCCGUCGCAAAAUUGUCGAUUUUGUUUUUUUUUUUAAUUGUUUUCAGUUGGCAACUUGACAUUUGUAAGAAUAAAAAUGAAAUAUGUCGCAUAUGAUAGUUUGUCAUUUAACAAUAAUUAAUAAUUAUAAAUUUUUGGCAGUAAUGGUUGUCUCUACUCUAUGACCACCGGUUGCCAUACAACCAUAAAGUUGAAGUUGAAUUAUUAUUUUUUACAACACACACACAAGUCAUGACAUGGGGAGGCCUUUGCUCAGCAGUAGGAUCAUACAGGCUAAUAAUAAUAAAUAAUAUAUUUUUCACAAAAUAAUAAUGCGAUUUUUUAUCUGUGUAUUCGAAACACUGGCGGCCAUGAUUGGGCUUCGUGUGACGUCACAUUUCACAAAAUAAACAAAAGCUAUCUGUCAGUUUUCGAGUUAAGCUGUUUGACAGUUGCUUUGUUUAUUGAAAUGUGACGUCACCAGGCAAUAUAUCACGUGACCAACCGUUUUCGCGCGAUAUUUGAAAUGAAUGAAGAAACGUACGUUUUUUUUUGUAUUAUAUAAAGCUUUUUCGAGAUAAUAAAAGUAUUUUCAGAUAUGCAUUUUUUAAAAUACUUAUCCGUAAACUAACCCAAACCCAAAAGUAGCCAAUUGUAUACUAUUGCGAUGAAAAAUUCCACUUGAUAUCAACACAGAAUAAUGGUCUGAAUCGUCCCUCAAAGUUUUCGUUACGAUGUCACUAACACCCUAUAUGUAUUUGAGAAGUGCCCGGUCCUACCAUGUAAUUGUUAAAUAGAUGUAAUAUAUUAUAAUAUUGUUGUUGUCCAGGUGUGGGCCGACCUUUAUUUUGGGCCAUUGACCUGUCUGUCUGUGUCUGUGGUGUCCGGAAGUAAUAAAUGUUUCUUUCUUUCUUUCUUUCCAUUGACAAGAUGCCACAAAGUAAAUUAUUUUUUCCUUGUUGUUCAUUUUUUGGAACAUAAUCAAGUUUUGUUAUUAAGUUCUGUGCUGUACAGUGUAUUUGAUUUUGUGAUUUCAAAAUUACAUCGAAGAAAAUCAUUAAGCCGCCCAUUUGAACUGUUGCUAUUAUUAUUUUUUUUAUAAAAGUUUAUAUGUUUCUUUUGUGUGCAAUAAAGUACGUAUAUAUUUGAAUAAUUGAUUGAUUGAAAAUCAGAUAUAAUAAUGAAAUUAAAUAAAAUUACAAAAGAUCUUAAAUAUAUAUUGUAACAAAAAAGUCCACCACUCAACCAUAAAGCGUGCGAAUGUGAAUUUAAUAUAACGUUCCGUUCCUUGAAGUAACGUACCAAGUUCAACGCCAUCUAUCCAGGAACUAGGAAACAAAUUAAACAUGCACAUAAACAACCUAUAUGUGCCACUGCUGGACACAGGCCUCCCCUCAAUCAAGCGGAGACAACACGCUGCUCCACUGCGGGUUGGUGGAGACAAAUUAAAAAAUAAAAUAAAAAGAAAAUCUCAGUAAAUUAACGGCCUUUGAUCAUAAUAUUAUGGGACUUUCCGGGCUUGAGGGAAAAUACCGAUAUAAUGAAAUCGUACUUGCCAUUCGCCUAAGUGGCCCGUUUUCGCAACUUUCACACUCUAUUUACCUACCUAUACAUUGAAAAUAUAAUGAUAUACAAAUAUGCUACAAUUUUGGUAAAUAAAUAGCGAUAUUAAAUUAA